AUGGGAGUGGGCGCGUCGUGCACUGCCGCUCCGCCCGGGGUGGAGCAGUUCUGCUCAGUGCUCGGCUGUACUGGAUGUAUGCGGAUUAGGAAGAAGCAGGACACGAUGAGACCCAGAGCAUCCUCCAUCCAGCAGGCCAUCUUCAACCACCACCACCAGCAGAGCAAGCCGAUAACCAGACAACCAUCCACCCAGCUACAGCAACAACAAGAACAACAACAAGAACAACAAGAACCAGAACCAGAGAACGAGGCAGACGCACUAGACCUGCUCAGCAUACUCGACCCUGCUGUCAAUGCCGCCUCAACACUCACGCACAUCAGAAACUGUCUCUUCAUCCCACCCAUGAUCAACCAUCUCGGAACACCCACCAUCCAGCUCGACGGCGACGACCAGCUCACCCACUCCGAACUAGACUCACACCUCAUCUCCAUCCUCAACCAUCCCCGCCCCAACUCCAGGCGCAUCCAGCAGAUCAAAAGACUCCUCAAAGGACUCAAGGCCUUCAUCUCCACACCCAUCGGAAUCAUCUUCACCAUCUACGGCUUCCUCGUCGUCUUCUGGGGCGCCGCUUUGGUACUCAUCCUUCUUGGCUGGCUCAAAAUCACCCCGCAGGAGAACUACAGGAUCUGGGUAGAGAUCUGCAGCCAAGUCCUCAACGGAUUAUUCACCAUCCCAGGAAUCGGGCUGUUUCCGAGCAGGAUCAUCGACUGUUGGAAUAUCGGGGUGAUUGUGCAUUAUGCACGGGUGAUCUGGAAGCGCAAAGGAAAGCGCAACCUGGACGACCCCAACGACCUCAUCCCGCCCGAGCCGCCCCGCUCGCCCCGCCUCCUCCCGCCCCCGCCCUCCUCGGCAGACCCGAACUACUUCCACAACGGCCCCAGACACGCGGCGGCCCAGGAAGAGAAGAAGAGCGGCGCUGAGGAGGCCCAGAUCGGCCCCGAGACAGAGGCCGGACCCGGGGACGUGAUCGUCGUCCACGACCAAGAACACGCACACCAGCACGAGCAUGAAGAGGAGCAGGAGGGGCUCACAGACGUAUGGAAAGACGAGCAAGAGAUCGUCCUCAACCAGCGCGAGAUGACCCGACUACGGCGCGCCCAAGAAGCGCUCUGCCGCUCACAGACGUGGUACCGGCCGCACUCCUCGGCGACCCACUACGCGUUCCCCGUCCCCAUAGCUCUCAUCAUCGUCCUCCUCAACCUCGGAAACUCGCUCUUCCAGGCCGCCCUGUGCGCCGUCAUGUGGGGCUUGCGGUACAGCACCCGGCCCGCCUGGACGACCGCGACGUUCAUGGCCCUCUCGUUCUCCUGCGGCAUCUCAAGCGGGAUCUUGGUCUGGCGGACCGGUGCACGGACGUCGAAGCGUGCGAAAGUGGCCGACGACGUCGCCCGGAUGAUCGACCCCUCGUCGACGACGAAGCUCGAGCCGCUCGAGCCGUCCGCGGCAGAAGCAGCGGGAGCGGAUGCGGCGGGCGUGAGAGGAGUGGCCCGCGCACGCCCCGCCGUCCACCACCACCUCUUCCAGACCCAACCCACCGCCUUGCCCGGAUCAACAGCACAGCCUCCCCGUCGGCCGCCCGUCACCGGCCUCCACGUCCGCCCCGCUUCUCCCCCCCACUCCCGCCAUCACCCUCCGAGUGACUCGUCCUCCCCUUCCUCAUCGUCCUCGUCCUCUAACCGCUCACACUCUCUUAUUCGCGAGCCUAACGAUAGCCACAUCGUCGCCCCUUACUCCUUCUGA